AUGGUGCCAAUAUAUGCGACCAACAGAACCAUAACCAUCAAAGGGUCAAGGUCCACUCCAGGCGUCAUAGUACUUGAUUAUGGGGCCAAUGUUGAGGGCUUGCCAACUUUCCAAGUUCUUUCUGCGACUGGAGACACCUCUGGUCUAGAGAUCACAUAUAGCGAGUCUAGAGAAGUUCUGGACAGCUUCUACAGCGAUGGACCUCUUGCAUUGGCCGCAGCAAUGGACACCUACAGAGUCAAUCGAUACAACAUCAGCGGACCUCUAGUACACACGAACAGACUCAUUCAGGGAGGCUUCAGAUACCAAAAACUCAAUCUCUCAACAGUUGGCGAACUGGUCCUGGAGAAUAUCGGAGUGAAACCAACCAUUCCAAUCAUACCCCUUGAUCAGUUACCGGGGUACUUUGAGUCAUCGGAUGAGGUUCUCAACAGGAUCUGGAAAGUGGGAGCCAGGACUAUUCAAAUGAACGACCUACCUGCGAAUUCCAUACCUCCGUUCUGGCAGGUCUGCACGGAAGGAGCCUUGGCUGAAAGCCAAGCACCUCAAGUGCUUUCGGCGGGUGGCACAGCGGCUUCUUUGAUGCGAUACCAGCUUGCAUUCGAAGUCAAACCAAUCAAAGGAGGAUUUUCAUUCUCUGUCCUGGCUGACACACUCAAUUCGGGAAUCUACAUCUUCUGCAAUAUUGCAAAUGGGUCGAUUUCAGCACACUUUGGAUCUACCGAAGACUCUCCUCGGAUUGCAUUCGCAACGCUGCCGCGGAAUAUAACCACUGAUGCCUGGAACCAAGUCGAAGCAACUGUCAACAUGACUGAGAUUGCUGUUCAUAUUGGAAAAGCCCCCAUCUUCCACUUUUCGCAGAUUUCUUCCUUCUUUGGAUCCUUCGGAUUGGGUGCAGCGCUCGGCCAUUCCGCUGUCUUUCGCAACCUGUCUGCGACAACUUUACUGGGAGAACCCAUUUAUUCAGCCUCAUUGACUGAUGAUACUUUCUUUUCCGAUUUCCUCAUCGGCACAAACCCACGGGACACUACGGUUGAUGGCUCGAAACGCGAUCGCAUUGCGUACGCAGGCGAUCUCGAUAUUGCGCUAGUGUCUUCCCUAGCGAGUACAAACGGUGCCAGCUACAUUAAAGGCACUCUCGGUCUGAUCGGCUCCUACCAGUUGACUCCGGGAUUCUUUGCACCCACUGCAAAGGUUCAACAAAAGCCGCUGUCCACAACCAUCAACGCCAGUCAGACAGGUCUGAUUGGCUAUUCGUUCAAUCUUCUUACGGCUGCCGCAAGCUUUCACAAGCGUACUGGCGAUGCCGAGAUACCAAAGGAGUGGGCACCAAGAGCGAUACGUAUGCUGGACUGGGCAGACUCCCAAGUUCUGCCUGAAAGUGGAUUACUGAAUAUUGGCAACGCUGCCUUUGGCGGUGAUUGGGACUAUUAUGAUGCUCCACAGAGUGGUGUCGUCUCAAAGUUCAGUAUGGUCUACGCAUACGCUCUCCAGGAAUGCAUUCCUCUUCUUUCCGACGCUGGAAUUCACACAGAGCCAUAUCUCUCGCGACUAGAAGCCCUCCGAACAGCCAUCGACCGGAACCUUUGGUCAAGCGAUCUCCAGGCAUAUUACGUCUCCGACGCAAUCAAAAACGGGUUUGGACAAGACUCGAACGCUUUGGCCAUUCUCGCUGGAGUCAAAAAAGGCAACCAUACUUCGUCAACGAUUUUGAAGAGUCUCCAACGACUUUCCUCCGCUGUCGGUCCCUUUGCAUUCUCGGAAGCGGUCACUGCAUCUGGUUUCGCAAAGUACAUUAGUCCGUAUGCAUCCGCCUAUCACCUCCGCGCAGCCUUCCAGAGCAAAGAUAGCGAGUCUGCUAUGAAUCUCCUGAAAACUCUUUGGGCGCCGAUGGCCGACCCCAAAGGCGCAUAUUACACCGGGUGCUUCUGGGAAACGCUAAACGCAACGGGUUUGCCCGCACUCGGCAGAACAACAAGUCUGUGCCACGGCUGGGCUGCAGGGCCGACCGGAGAGCUUAGUGAGCACGUGUUGGGAGUGAGUGCCGUAAAGCCGGGCUAUAAGGAAUGGCGGGUUGCUCCGAUGACACUUGGAUUGGCAUGGGCCAGGGGCAGGCUGCCUGUUCCAGGGGGUGAAAUCUCCGUGGCUUGGAAUGCCACUAGUGACGCAAUACACAGGCUAGAGGUUCAGAGUCCGAUCGGAACUUCCGGUACCGUGGUUGUGCCCUUGUCAGACGGGAACGGGUCGAUGCGGGCAUCUUUUUACGUCAAUGGCCAAGACGUCAGCGGAAACGGAACGUUCCGACUUACUGGGGGAGAGCCUUUUGUUUUAACUUACACUAUGUAA